UAAUUCUCAAAAGAGGCCAAGGCGGGCAUGUGUCUUCUCGAAGGUUCGCAGUUAGGGAAGGGAACGCCAGCAGCUGUAUUAAAAGCUUUCCUCGUUUAAAGUUUCCAAAAUGGCUAAUGAACAAGGUUCAAUGAACCCUAUAAAUAUUCUCAAAUAUGGAGCUGAAGAAGAAAAGGCAGAAUCAGCUAGGAUGUCUUCCUUUGUUGGAGCCAUUGCUAUAGGAGAUUUAGUGAAAACAACUCUUGGCCCAAAAGGAAUGGAUAAAAUUCUUAUCUCAAGCAGUAGAUCAGAAAGCAUUCAGAUAACAAAUGAUGGUGCAACAAUUCUUAGAUCUGUUGGUAUUGAUAAUCCUGCUGGAAAAGUAUUGGUUGAUAUUUCAAAAGUCCAAGACGAUGAAGUUGGUGAUGGUACAACUACAGUUGCAGUUCUUGCCAGCGAGUUACUUCGGGAAGCUGAAAAACUAAUUGCAUGCAAGAUUCAUCCACAGACCAUCAUAUUAGGGUGGCGUAAGGCAGUUAAGGUGGCAGAAAAAGCACUGGCAUCACACGCAGUCGACCACAGCUCAAACGCAGAGAAGUUCAAGGAGGAUUUGACGAACAUUGCAAGGACAACACUAAGCUCGAAAAUUCUAACGCAGCAUAAAGAGAAAUUUGCUAAACUAGCAGUCGACGCUGUUUUAAGGUUGAAGGGAAGCUGUGACUUGAAUGCAAUCCAAGUAAUAAAAAAACUUGGAGGCAGUCUUGAAGAUUCAUUUUUAGAUGAAGGAUUUUUAUUGGAUAAAAAGAUUGGUGUUAAUCAGCCGAAAAGAAUCGAAAAUGCAAAAAUAUUGAUCGCAAACACACCAAUGGAUGCCGAUAAAAUCAAGGUGUUUGGUUCCAAAGUCAAAGUAGACUCUGUAGCGAAAGUUGCGGAGUUGGAGGUUGCUGAGAAGGAGAAAAUGAAAGACAAAGUCGACCUCAUUUUGAAGCAUGAUAUAAAUUGUUUCAUUAAUAGGCAACUAAUUUACAAUUACCCUGAGCAACUAUUUGCAGACAACGGAGUAAUGGCGAUUGAACACGCGGAUUUCGAAGGUGUCGAGCGCCUUGCUCUAGUUACAGGCGGCGAAAUAGUUUCAACAUUCGGAAAACCAGAACUUGUUAAACUUGGAAAGUGUAAACUCAUAGAAGAAAUCAUGAUUGGCGAAGACAAGCUCAUCCAUUUCUCUGGAGUUGCAAUGGGUGAAGCUUGCAGCGUUGUUCUGCGUGGUGCGACCCAGCAGAUCUUAGACGAAGCAGAAAGGUCACUUCACGAUGCACUUUGCGUUCUUUCACAAACAGUUAAAGAAACAAAAAUUAUUUAUGGUGGUGGUUCCUCUGAAAUGCUAAUGGCGAAUGCUGUUAACGGACUAGCUGCACAGACGCCAGGAAAAGAAUCAAUGGCGAUGGAGGCAUUUGCACAUGCUUUGCGACAGCUCCCAACGAUAAUUGCUGACAAUGCUGGAUUUGACAGUUCUGAAUUAGUGUCACAAUUAAGAGCAGCUCACACGGAAGGAAAAACAAACUUUGGAUUAGAUAUGGACAAUGGCUGUAUAGCAGACAUGGUUUCCUUGGGAAUAACAGAAUCCUUCAAAGUUAAGCGCCAGGCGUUGAUAUCUGCAGUUGAAGCAGCAGAGAUGGUUUUAAGAGUAGAUGACAUCAUCAGAGCAGCCCCAAGGAGACGUGAACGAGAUGAAUGCAUGUAAGUUAGGUCUGAGAUGUUCACAACAUUACAGCCCUGACUCACUCUAGAAAUUCAACCAGAGACAGUAGCGUAGAAAGGUCAUUAAGUUCUAUCGUUUUUGAAACAUUGUUGCGGUGAUCGCCGAUGAAACAUUCCUGAACAAAAUUUGAA